AAAUCCUGCAGGUUAUCAUGUGUAGAAGCAAGUCCACAAUUUUGAGAUUUUUUAAGAUUUUAAGAAGUGGCCUCGUGUGUGUGAGAAACCAAUCCAUGGCUUCUGGCUAAAACAAAGAAGAACCGGCGGACAUCAUUUCCCAGAAUGCACCGAGAGGGGUUAGAGGUCAUCUGGACAUGUGUACUUCUCCACAGCCACUGCACCUUUCUUUCACUGAAAAGUAAGACCUUGCACCUAAAAUUGUGCAAUAAACCGUUAUCUCCCCCGACACACAGCCUAUGUGUACAUAAGCGCCGGUCACUCAGGGUGGAUGAGUGACAGCGACACCGCCGCUGCUGGGAACAAGCACUCUGAGCUGCUGGACUGCUGCGGAGGACUCCACAACGUCGAUUAUUCGAAGAUGGACCUGACAUGGAUGGAAGAACUCCUAAAACACAUCAACUUUCACGACUCCAACUUUUGUAUCGCCGUGGUCGCCAUCAUUUUCAACCCUCUCUUCUGGAAUGUGGUGGCGAGAUGGGAGCACCGCACACGGAGACUGUCCAAGCUCUUUGGUAGCCCCUACCUGGCCUGUUACUGCCUGGGCUUUGUCAUCAUUCUGCUCAACGUGUACCGCAGCCACAGUAUGACGGUGGCAAUGAAGGCCCAGGCCAGGUGGGAGGUGAUGGACAGGGCAGAUGUCUUUUACACUGGCGUGGCUCUCAUUGUGCUGGGCACUGUGCUGGUGGUCAGCAGCUUCCUGGCUCUAGGAUUCACUGGGACAUUCCUAGGUGAUUACUUUGGCAUUCUGAUGGAUGAGAAGGUGACAAGCUUUCCCUUCAGCAUCAUAGAAAACCCGAUGUACUGGGGCAGCACUGCCAACUACCUCGGCCUGGCACUCAUUGGUGCCAGUCCUGUUGGUCUCGUCCUGACUGCCAUAGUAGCUGUGGCUUACAAGGUGGCGAUAAGAUAUGAAGGACCAUUCACUGGACUGAUCUAUCAGGAGAGGAGUCAGCGCCGCAAGCAUGAAUAAUCACCUCCCUCCCGGGCGCUUCCUGCUCCUGGUUUGGCUGAAGAUUCCCAUCCUGUCAUGAGGGCGACGUGACUGAACGACACACAGACUUACCAUCAGCCCCAGUCAUUAAUCCACCUCCAGUGUGGAUUUAACGUCAACAAUCAAACUGCAACAAGUGUUCCAUUUUUGAUUUCUUUUUUUUUAUGCACUUCAAGCGAAUGUUGAAGCUAUGUGAGAGCCACUUAUGUAAUGUCAUUUUGGCAACAUGCUUAUGGCAUCAACCACGAACCGUUCUAGUAUGUUUCCAGUCAAAAUGCUUUCUACUGCUCCUCAAGUUUAAGCUCGAUGUUCGGCAAAACGCGCUUAAUUGCUUAAUCCUCGUUGAGGAUUAAAUGAGAAAGUUGAUACCGCCGCCAUGUCUAUGAGUUAGGUAUGGAGCUGGCGAUAUAGCCACCAUAAAGUUGACGGCCAUCUGCCGCAAAUGCUGCACUGAACCACUGGGCAGAAUGGCAUUCAUCAAGAUUACAGUUUCCAGUCUUUAUGCUAAGCUAAGUCAGUUACCUCCUGGAACUAGAUCCAUACCUAAUGCAAAGAAAUGAGAGUGGUGUCAGACUUCUUGGCUUACUUGCAAGAAAGCAUAUAAGCAUAUCCCCCCAUAAUGCCUAAUUAUUCCUUGCUGUACUAUGUUAAAUUCAUAUUGUACGAGCAGUAAAAACAUGCUCACCGCUACCAAGUACCUAAAGUUUGAGUCAUGGUGUGGCGCUCAACACCUUAGAGUGUUACGCGACUGAAAUUAUAGAGCUGAGCAACAUUCGCCAUGGUAACCACGCCAUCCCCCAGCCGCUGUGACUACCCAGCCACAUUGCACAACGAAUGAUGCUAUCUGCGGCAUAACAAAACUCUCCAGGUGGGCGACAAGUGUUGAGCAAAAAUUGUAUUCUAUUACGUACUUAAAAAAAAACACACUAAAAGCGACCUUUUAAUAAUGGAAGCUGAAUCCAGACAAAAGCCCAAAUGCUAAAUACAAAGCGACUUACAGUAACUCAUACAUAUACUGAUGGUGAUGGCUGCAACAGGGAUCCAAGGUGCCGACCAGCACAUCAGAAGCAGCUCCAAGGACACUUCAACAUGCAGACCAGGGGAAUCAAACCAGCGAGUUUCCAAUAACAAGUCGCUGGCUCUACCCCUGAGCCAUAGCCACAUAAAGAAAGUGGCACAUCUUUCAGCAUAAUAGACAAAUUGACCAAACUUAAACCCAAGACCGCAUGGCACACUUCUCUUGAGCGACACUCAUAAUAAUAGUCAAGCGCCCUGUCAUAGAUCAUACUUUAAUUCUAAAGACAAUCCACUCUUCAGAUUCAUGUUAGGUACUGCCACAGGAGGGACAUUUAAGCACAGGGUAGAGUCAAAGUUCCAGAGCCGUACACAAACUACAAACUUUGCCAGAGAAAGUCUGUUCUAGUUCUGGUGAUUGAGCUCUGGCUCAGGACGAGAAGAAGUAGAAAUCCAAUAAGUAGGUAGUUCAUGAAUGUACAAUGUUUUUUUACACCUCACUUAAAGCAUUCAGAGGUAACAUGUAUAUAUUUCCAGUGGAGGUUUGAAAGGAAAUGUUAAAGGUUUUGUCAUAGCAAGAAGAACACAGGGGUGUCUAAUAACAUUAUCAGUGGCUUUGUUCUAUUUAGAUGCACCAUUGUCACCAACACACACCUGCAUGGAAUGAAGUCAUAAUUGAUGUUCAACAUGGCACCUGUUUGACAAGCCUCACUGUCCACCGUGGAAAAGUCCUGUCAUAUUGAUGACCCAGUGAUGUGACUGACCUGAGAGAUACGGUUCCAUGUUAUUCCUUUUUGUUAUAGCGGUUCCUUUUCAAAUGCAUUACUCUGUUCACACGAGCAGUAUUUUGACCUACAGGCACUGUGUUAUUCUCGAUGUAAAAUGGUGCAAAUCGCUCCGGUUUGAGGUAUUAGCAAGAUAAUAGCGAAUACUUAAAACACAAGGCAACAGCUAGCACAUCAUUUCAUCACUGCCAUGUGUUAACUUAGUUAAUCUAAAAUGCUAUAAUUCCUCGAAAAACCUCGUAUGAUGACUACAUUUAAUGAAAUGCUGGGCUACAUGUGAUGGAACAUGGAACUUAAAUAGAUAGCUUUCAACACUGCCAUUAGCGUACAACAGUUGCAUGUAAUACACAGUUAUUCAGUGUUCUACAGGUUUUUGAUGUGUCACAUGUCAGACAAACUGCACCAGUAACGGCUUUUACCUGUGCCUAUGCAAACAUUUCCAACCUGCCCGGUGAUGUAGUCCAUGUAAGUGGAAUAUUUUAUGUAAUAAAAGAGUGACUCAGGGUUUGGA